AUGACUUCCAGCAGCGACGCCGCCGGCCGCCAGAACGGCGUGGUGGCAAACGGCACGGCCAAGGCGACGACCAACGGCGCGCCUCGCACAAAGAUCUGCGUCUACUGCGGCGCCAGCGCGGGAGGCUCUCCGGCGCACAUGGAGAUGGCGCGCCAGCUCGCCCGGGUCAUGGCCGCCAACAACAUCGAUCUCGUAUACGGCGGCGGCACCGUCGGCCUCAUGGGCGAGGUCGCCAAGACGCUCUGCGAGCUCAACGGCCCCGACGCCGUCCACGGCAUCAUCCCCGAGGCGCUCGUCAAGUACGAGCGCGACGGCACCUACCAGACGGUCAACAAGGACAACCAGGUCGUGCCCGACCAGGCCAAGUACGGCCGCACCACCGUCGUCAAGGACAUGCACACGCGCAAGAAGCUCAUGGCCGAGGAGGUCUUCUCCGGCGGGCCCGGGUCCGGCUUCGUCGCCCUGAGCGGCGGCUACGGCACCAUGGAGGAGAUCUUCGAGGCCAUCACCUGGAGCCAGCUCGGCAUCCACACCAAGGGCAUCUGCCUCCUCAACGUCGACGGCUACUGGGACGGCAUCGUUCAGUGGCUCGACAAGGCCGUCGAGCAGGGCUUCGUCAAGCAGGCCAACAAGGACAUUGUCGUCACCGCCACGUCCGCCGAGGAUGCCGUCAAGGCACUGCGGAACUACAAGGUCUCUGAGGCGACGUUCAAGCUCCAGUGGGGCAACCAGUAA